UCCGCCGGGCCCCGCUCCGCCGUCGCCAUGCCGGGCGGUGCGCGGCGUCUGUACCGGCGGAUCCUGUUACUGCACCGGGCGCUGCCGGCGGCCCUGCGGGCGCUGGGAGACCGCUACGUGAAGGAGGAGUUCAGGAAGCACAAGGCGGCGGGACCGGCCGAGGCCCAGCGCUUCCUGCGGGAAUGGGAGAACUAUGCAGCACUGAUAGAGCAACAAAUUAAUGAGGACAAACAAAACUUGACAGAAAAGACUGUAUAUGGAAUCCAGCUCACAGAAGAAAAACUUAAUGACUUCCGUGAUGAACAAAUUGGGCAGCUGAAGGAACUCAUGGACGAAGCUACCAAACCUCAGAAAAAACUCACCGUUUCUAAAGACUCAGAACCCAAAACCUAAAGGGUUUUAAAAGUUGUUUUAAUGCAUAUGGAAGCAUUUUGAAACUUCCUUUUCUGGUUGAACUUGAAUGUGGUUUCUGUGGAAUAAUGGGCACUGCUGCUGCCAUGACUUGUCUGAAACAGAUGUGUCUGGCUCUUCGGGUUUCUGUGCAAGAAUAAAUGUUAAAAUGGAAUAAUCACAACAAUUUUAUGUUAAUUGCAUUUUUUUUUCUCCAAAUGGAAGGUGGAGACUUGAAGAUUUCGAUAAAAAUAAAUUGACA